AUGCACAUCCUCAACCUCACCCUCUUCUUCGCUUUCGUCGGCGCCGCCGAUGCCAACUUCCAGGGCUGCACACCUUGCCGCACGGUGGAUGCCAGGCAAUGCGCAGGACAAGGCUCAGAGCAACGGCUCGAGGAAUGCGUAUCUGACGGAACGCCCUACGGUGGAUGCUGGAAAAAGCUGCAACAGUGCUCGUGCAGUAAGGCAGGUGGAGCGCACUGCACGUAG